ACUUGUCGGCUGUGUGCGGGUGCAGGAUGCUCCAAAGCGAGGACCCCGAAAGGUCAGGCGGGAUUCGGAGGACGGUAGAAUUCCAAGUGGACCAACCCCUGCCCUGCCUUCUCAACCUGUGUCUGGCACUACAGCAGGUUCUGGUCCAGUCCUCCUUGCUGGUGCUGGUGCUGGCGUUCCUGCAGCAGCACAUCUGGGCUCUGGAGGGGCAGAGGGACCAGCUCCUGGCCUCCGCCUUCUUCUACUCCAGUGUGUCCACCCUGCUGCAGAGCUGGCUGGGGACACGCCUGCCGCUGGUCCAGGCUCCUUCCCUGGAGUUCAUGAUCCCCGCCCUCGUCCUGACCUCCCAGCAACGGCAUGGCGACUGGACUGCAUCGGCAUGCAAGGAGCGCUGUGGAGAGCAGUCUUUAACCCACACUGACCUCCUGAGAGAGCUGCAGGGCAUGGUGCUCUGUGCCGGGCUGCUACAGCUGGCCCUGGGCUUGACCGGACUCUGUGGGCUGGUGUUGAGGCACUGCGGGCCCCUGGUGUUGGCCCCCCUGCUCUGUGUGCUGGGCUUCUCCAUCUACAGAGAGGUGGCCCUGCUCUGCUCCGAUCACUGGGGUAUCACUGCACUGGCCAUUGUCCUCAUGGUGCUGCUGUCUCAGCACUUGCGCUCCUGGGUCCUGGCCGCCCCCCCCGGAGGGUCACGCUACCCCAUCUGCAGGAUGGUGUCGGUGUUGCUGUCUCUGCUGAGUGUGUGGGGCGUGUGUGCAGCUCUGGAACACCUGGGACACUUCCGUCCCCAUCAGCCAUCCGAACUCCUGCCCACGUCAAGGCCCCCAAACCCCUCCCACACAGCUCCCUGGAUCCGCCCAAACUCCUCCCACAUUGCUUCCUGGCCCAACACUAACUCCUCCCAGAUCCUGACCAGCACCACUCAGCAUGACUCACACCCCGCUGCCUGGCUAAGUCUUCCCCUGACCGCAGGAGUAGGGCUCCCCCUGCUGUCAGCGAGGGGCAUGGCAGCAGGGCUGGCUGCCGCCCUGGCCUCAUCCAUCAGCUCGCAGAGCGUCUACCUGCUGACAGCGAGGCUCCUGGGGGCCCCGCCCCCGCCCGCGGCGGCCUGUAACCGGGGUCUGUGUGUGGAGGGGCUGGGGAGCGUGAGCGCCGCCCUGCUGGGAGGAGUGGUGGGGGUCAGCAGCAGCGUGCCCAACGCCUGCGCUCUGGGACUCAGUCAGUGUGGGUCCCGGAGCACAGUGCAACUGGCGGCCAUUUUGGGGCUGAUCCUGGGUGUGUCCCCCCGCCUGACUCACCUGCUGACCUCUGUACCCCUGGGUAUCCAUGGGGCUGUUCUCAGUGUGACCUACACUGUUGCCAUAGGGACAGGCGUGACCUACUUCCAGUACACGCACAUGGACUCAGGGCGGAACAUCUUCAACAUCGGCUUCGCCGUGUUCAUGUCCCUGCUGCUCCCGCACUGGUUCACCCUCCAGCCCUCCUUCAUCUCCACAGGUGUGUCCAGCCUUGACGUGCUCCUCCAGUCUCUACUGACCUUACCUGUGUUCCUGGUGGGACUCCUGGCAUUUCUCCUGGACAACACCGUGUCAGGGUCUGCCUCAGAGAGGGGUCUGAACUCCGGGGUGAUGGUGAAGGGGUGGCAGGCGGAGGCCAGCAGGCCGGCGGGAUACUCCCGGCAGGGCGCGGCAGUGUACGACCUCCCAUCUCCGGUGAAGAGGCUUGUGGACCUGCCGGGGCUCCGGACUGUCCCGUUCUGUGCCUGCAGGACCCCCGGGGAGCACGACGCCCUGUCGGUGCAGGAGACUGCGGACCUCUUGGCAGGCAGGGCGGACCCCAGGGGAACAGGCCCAGAGGGCCAAAACUGA